AUGGGGUCUUCCUCAACAACAUUUCUUCUCUUUCUUCUUUCCCUUGCUACUCUUACCCCUUCACAGCUGAAAGAUGUUUAUUUUGUGCACAACUGUAGCGAAACCAGUGGCAAUUACACCGCAAAUAGCCCUUACGAAACCAAUCUCAAUACCAUCAUCUCUCGAUUCGCCACUCUUACAGAUUUCAAUUACGGCUUCUUCAAUCUGUCUGCCGGUGAAAGACCCGACAAAGUUUACUCAACUGCACUUUGCAGGGGUGACAUGAACCAAGCCGAUUGCAACACUUGCCUCAACUACACCGCAACAGAGCUCAAGCAAUUUUGUCCCCGGAACAAGGCUGCCACCGCUUGGUCUCAAUUUUGUUGGUGCGGUACGCCAACCGAGAUCUUUACGGGCAGCUGGAGAACGAUCCUCGGACUUGUGCAUUCAACCCCAUGA